GAAAACUUUUAAAAUGUUAAUAAAAAAAAUAAAAAAAUAAAUUACACUAAAAUAUAACUAGCACCAGAAACACGCAUCCUAAUACUUUUUGAGGUGUUUUUAUACAGUUUAAAUUACUUCAGGUGUGGAUUUUAUGCAGAUGUGACUAUUAAAAUGCAGUUAUGAUGACGGUCAAGACAUUUCAAAUUAAGAGAAUCUAAUUAAAUACCAUAACAAUUGUGUAAUCACAGCAUUUAGGGGCCAAGAUGAUUGUACUAUGAUUUAGCACAGUGUUGCGAGCCACUCUGAGCAUGCAUGUGUAUAUACGAGUGUGUUUCUCCACUGCUGGUGUGUGUGCUCUUGCUGAGUUGACAUUAUGAGAGAGGACGGCUCCUGGCUCUGAUUUCUGAUGUAUUCUGAAGUUUACAAUGAGCCUCCGGUGAAGAGACUGGCUUCAGCUAGAUGAAUCAUCCUCACCGACAGUGAGAGAAAGAGAGAGAGAGAGAGAGAGAGAGAGAGGCAAAGCAGCUGAGAAUUAAUCAGGGAGGUUAAAUGUGCUUACAACAGAGAUAUCGAUGAUACAGAGGAAAACUGAUGUCUUCUCAUGGAACUGGGGCAUCUCAUAAAACCCCCUAAGAGAAAUAUAAUUCGAAACAAAUGAAACAUGUAUUGACAUACAGAGCUACAAAAUUUAUGUGUAUGGAAUUACAUAUUUUGAUCUGUAGGGAGGUUGAAGAGAAUUUAUUUUACGCAUGAACUAAAUAUGCUCACUAACAAUCACUUGUAUCUCAUUCACUAACAACCAUACAGUUAUUCCAUUGUUAAUACAUCUAAAUAUCAGUGCAUAUUAUAAAAAUGGUUGUUUGUUUGAGUGCAAACAUUAGGUUUAUGAUCGAUUGCACCUUAUUUACAAAACACAAUUAAUAUUGUGUAAUUAUAGCCUGCAGAAAGAGGGCAGAAGUGAUCCCAACCUCAGUGAUUCAUUGAUUAUAUGAUGGAGAGGAGCAUUUUUAUUGCUGAAAACACAAUUACAAUAAGGCAAUAUAAAAAACAAAAAAAGAUAAACAUAAAAUAAUGGGGAAAAAGUAUCUUAAUGGCAUAAAAAUACCAGAAUGUUUAAAUAAAUGUAUUUUGCCAUUUAACUUAAAAAAAUAUAUAUUAAUAAUAUGUUGGAAUAGUGGGUGUGUUUGUGCUGUCAUCUAAUUUGCAUAAAUCAUUUGCUACAUUAUUCUAGAGCAAUGCAUAUUACAUCACUAUAAUUUUUACUGAAAUCUCCUCUCAGAGUUUGGCACAUUUUGGCCAACAUCUGAUAACUGAAUAAACUUUUGAUGCCAAUAACGGUAUAUUUGCAAAGAGGUUGAUGCUUCAAAUGUCUGAGGUGAGAGUGGCCUAAACAGGAAACGAUCGGGCUCUGUGGGCAAGUGCCAGCUCAGCAGGUGAAUUCUGGGAAGGGCUUCCUGUCCUCCCCUAAUUACCUGCCGUGGCCUUUGGAUGGGAUGCUGUGAUUUGGCAGCCUUGGCGCAUCCGUGCCUGGUGUGACCCAACCUCACCUCUUCCCAUGGAGCUUUUGUGUCUUUGAUUUGAACGCUGGCCCUCGUUGCUGGGCGGCACAACUACACGCCAAGUGUGGGUAUUUUUAGCUCUAGCCUCACAUCCGUAUGCGUGUAAUCAACUGUUUUCAUACAUGCACUCGCCAGUUUGUGUUUUUGGAUUAGUGUCUUCAGCAUCUAGCUCAGGGAAAGGUGAUACGCACGUCCGUGCGAGCCUCUUUGUCUGUUUUUGCCUUGUUUGGAUGGACGGCUUCAAAAAUGAGCAGCUGAGAGAGAGAAAGAGGGAGGGAAGUGAGUAAAAAGGGACGGUGGGGAAAAUGAAGGGAGGGUAAAAGGGAAAGAGAGAGAGUGCAAGCAAGUGAACAAGCAAUCUUGGCUUUUCUCUUCUGAGCAGCCCUUCACACUGAGAAACAUGUCUUCUUUUUCUGAUCCCUCCAUCCAUUCCAUCACUCCUCCCUUCCUGUCACCCUGAUGUCCUGCACCCCCACCCUUGGAUCUUUUACAUCCUUUCCCUAAACUCCAUCUUUCCUAGAAGAUAAGCCUGCAGACUUCAUCUCACCAUCCGUAAUCCAUGCAUGGAGACAUGUGGAUGCUCACACACGUGUGCAAGCGGCUGCAUUGACUCUCAAGAGCGUAAAAUUAGCAGAAGGGACUUUACUAUGGGAAACUGCGUUAAAUCGCCGCUUAAGAAUUUCUCCAAGAAGGACCGGAAGCGCAGCUACAAAGCAGUGCAAUCAUGUGAUGAAGGAGUGAGAUCUGGAGAGGCCCUCGCGGCCUUGACUCAGAACUCAACAUACAUGCACAAUGUGCUCGGGCCUGCCUGCAUCUUCCUCCGCAAGGGCUUCGCUCAGAGCCGGCAGGCUGUACAACAGAGAGCUGAGACCAGAGGAAAUGGAUGAGCUACGAGAAGCCUUCAAAGAGUUUGAUAAAGACAAAGAUGGCUUCAUUGGCUGCAAAGACCUUGGCAACUGCAUGAGAACCAUGGGAUACAUGCCUACUGAGAUGGAGCUCAUCGAACUGAGCCAGCAGAUCAACAUGAACUUGGGAGGACAUGUGGACUUUGAGGACUUUGUGGAGCUGAUGGGCCCCAAACUUCUGGCUGAGACGGCAGAUAUGAUCGGAGUAAAGGAAUUGAGAGAUGCUUUCAAAGAGUUUGACACCAAUGGAGACGGUCAGAUCAGUACAGCAGAACUAAGAGAGGCCAUGAAGAAACUUCUGGGCCAGCAGGUGGGUCACAGAGAUCUGGAGGACAUUCUGCGGGACAUCGAUUUAAAUGGAGACGGGCACGUGGACUUUGAAGAAUUUGUGCGAAUGAUGUCGCGCUAG